AUGUCAUGUGAUUUUCGUGGAAAUGAUUUGUCUAAUGCCCUAACAUCAUCAGAACGAUGCGGUGGAAAAUGUGGUGAAACUCAAGGAUGUACUCAUUUUACAUGGACAGGGUACAGUGGUGGUACCUGCUGGAUGAAAUCCGGUGCUGUUUCUAAAACCGAUGCUUUCUCAACCAAUGAUCCAAAUAUGGUCUGUGGUGUAGUUAAUGGCGGCCAACAAGGUACCAUCCAGUGGAAUGGAAAUAAUUGGGCCAAGUCGUGUGAUUUUCGUGGAAAUGAUCUGUUUAACGUUCGAGUUUCAUCAGAACUGUGCGGUGGAAAAUGCGUUGAAACUCAAGGAUGCACUCAUUUUACAUGGACUCCGUAUAAUGGUGGUACCUGUUGGAUGAAAUCGGGUGCUGUUUCCAAAAACGAUGCUAUCCCAACUAAUGAUCCGAAUAUGAUCUGUGGUGUAUUAGAAAACAGCAAUUCUGACUGGACUCGUGUAUGGGAAGAUAAUUUUGAUUGGAAUGGUGGUGUCGAUCCUAAUAGAUGGGAGUUUGAUGUCGGUGGAGAUGGCUGGGGUAAUAAUGAGCAACAAUAUUAUACAAAUAAUCGAUUGGAAAAUGCACGUUGUGAACUAUUUCCCGGUAGUAGAAAUGGUCGCUUGAUUGUUGAAGCACGUCGAGAAAACAUGGGAAAUAGACAAUAUACUUCAGCUCGUCUCAAGAGCAAGGUUAAAUGGACAUAUGGUCGUUUACAAAUUCGUGCUAAAUUACCUGAUGGUCGUGGUCUAUGGCCAGCUCUUUGGAUGUUGCCGGAAAAGCAAACAUACAGUAAUACCUAUUGGCCAGAUAAUGGUGAAAUCGAUUUGAUGGAACAAGUUGGUUAUGAUCCAUUGCGUGUUGUCUCAACUGUACACACACAAGCAUAUAAUCACAUGAAAGGCAAUCAACCAACUAAUUCCAUAAUUGUUAAUGAUGCUGUUACAAAUUUUAAAAUUUAUACACUUGAUUGGAAUGUUGAUAAAAUUGAAAUGUUUGUGGGAGAUGAUGCAAAUCCAUUUGCUAAUCGUAUCUUAGUGUGGAAUAAACAAGGAGAUUGGACACAAUGGCCAUUUGAUAAGCCAUUCUUUAUUCUUAUCAACAUUGCUGUAGGUGGUAGUUGGGGUGGUUCACAAGGUAUCGAUAACAAUAUUUUUCCUCGUCGAAUGGAAAUUGAUUGGGUGCGUUUUUAUCAACGACGCUAA